AUGUUGGGAUCUAGCUUUAGGAUAUUGUUGGUUUUUGCAACCUCUUUGGCGUGUUGUGUGUACGGUUUCUCCACUGGAUGCCCAAUGAGUGCUUGUUCAGAUUUAUUGCCGAAUCACGGAUACAGACAGACAGGACCAUGCCCAAUCAAAGUCACUACUGAUGUUCAAUGUUACCAAGCUGGAAAACCAGUCACAAUUACAAUAAAAGGUGGCGAUGGUAAAAAAUAUCGAGGCAUCGGCUUACAGGUUCGCCAAAAAGCUGGUGACGGCAUAGCAGAGGGGGUUUUUGAAAAGAUAGACACCACGCAGUACAAGUUGAACUCUUGCUAUGGGGAGAAAAAUUAUUUUACGUUCCGGGAUAACGAGGAAAAAGAUGGGACCACGUUGACCUGGAUCCCUGAAUCCCAGCAAGGAGAGCUGGAAAUUGUGUAA